UUACAGAUAUUAGCAUCAAGUGCUUCCACCUUUAGUUACUAACGGGACUUUAGGCGGCUAGGCAAAAUGAAUAAAAUCACACUCUUGGUUCUACUCGGAUCAUUUCUGGGAAUGGUCAAAGCUCUUAGCGUGACGACCGCGCAGGAGGUGCAGGCGAGUUUGGAUGAGGCGACAAAGCUAAAUCAGAAGCUAAAGGCAAGGAACGUUGAACUCACAUCAAAAGUAAAAGCGAAUCAUGAAAAGGACGAGAAGAUCGAAGCCCAAAGGCCGAAGGCCAAAACCGCGAAAAACUGCGAAGCGAAUGCUGUUAGGUCUAUAAGAAAUAAUAAUGCAAGCCACAUAGUUGUCCCGCGCUUCCCCAUGUUUAAUGCCUUAUUGAAGAAAAAUCCAAAUUUAAGAGUCAAAUCAGUUCAAAUGGAGCUGUUAACGUGUCUUAAAAAAAAACACAAAUAAACACAGCUCGACUGG